CAGUGUGUCGAGCACCUCGGUCUGUCCCUGGGACUCAGGUACAAACUGGGCAUCUGAGAAGCUCCUGGCAGGUGCCAGGACCGGGGUGCCCGCAGGAAUGGAGGCAGCGUGCUGGGAGCUGCCCGGCUGGCCCCACUUCGCCAGCUCUGGUCCUACCCCCACUGCCCAUGAGCUUGGGGGGCUGUUCAGGAGGGCAGCGCACACAGCUGCAUUCCAAGGCCAGUGAUUGCUUUCAGGUGACAGACAACAUCAGCCAGAACACGAUCCUGGAGUACGUGAUGAUUAACAGCAUAUUUGAAGCUAUUUUACAGAUUCUGUCCAACCCGCCCAGCCGCAGGGAGCAUGGCUACGACGCUGUGGUCCUUCUGGCUUUACUAGUUAACUACAGAAAAAACGAGUCGGUGAACCCCUACAUCGUGAAACUCUCCAUCGUCGAUGACGAGGCCACGCUCAACGUGAGUACCUGCGUCUCCGGGCCCUCUCCUGGGCUCCGCGCCCUCCAGCCAGGGGGCUGGCCGCCCUGUGUGCUGCUCCUGGGAGUGGGUGGUUCCUGAUCAUUUCAGUCGUCUGGGUGGCUGGAAUAAGGACCUGGCUGGGGAGAAAGGGACGGGCUAAAAUGAGCCGUGUCUGCAUCCUCGGGGCUGGCCGUCCUAGGAGCUUGCUCGCUGGAGCAGAACCGGCUGCUUGGGCCAGGGGAACACGCCAUUCGGGUCCCCCACGUCUCCCGCGGCCGUGGUUCAUCGUCUGGCCGCAUGGGAGGGUGGAGGCGAGAACAAGGUGGACUCGGAGCACCUCCCGCUGCUGGCUGGUGGAGAUGGUACGCGCCUUGGGGCAGGGCCCUCGUCUCUGGGCUGUGUUUGUGCAGCGCCUGGCGCGGCAGGGCUGGCUCUGGGCGCGGUGGCAGUACAGGAGUGCCUGCCACAGACAUUCAG